AUGUAAAUAAUAACCAAAGUAAAUUUUUAUAAAAUAAAUAAUAUACUAAAAAUUUAACAAAUGAGAAAAAUUGCUAUUUUUGUAUUUUUUCUAUCUUAUACAUUAUAAGCUGAUAUUUAAUGCUAAGCUAAUUGUUUGCAGUGUAAAGUUGAUGAAUACACGCUUAAUAAAACAUGUUUAUAAUGCCAAAAAGAUUAUUAUUUAAUUCAAGACUUACUAAUUUGUGUUAAGGAAUGCCCAAACAAUUACUAUUUAGAUACUGAUUCAAAUUUAUGCAUAAAGUGUCAUCAUUCGUGCAAAAGUUGCUCAGGAAAUCUUUAAUCCUAGUGCUUAGAAUGCCAAAAUAAUAGAGAUUUGUUUAGAUCUAAAUUCCCUGGUGAAGGAUUUUGUUUUUGCUAGAAUGAAAUAUACUAGCCUUCGUGCUCAACAAAGCAAUAGGGGUUUUACAAAAUAUGUUAAAUAUCUACUUUCGUUAUAUUGGCUUUGGCUUUUAUUCUAAGUAUUUUAGAACUCAAUAUUAAUUAUUUUAUAAUUACAGUAGCAUUUUUUUAGGAUAUCAGCACGCUAUCACUCAUAAAUAUUACAUACCCUCUUUAGCUGCAAUAAUUAUUCUCAUAUUUAAGUGAAACAAUGUUUAACUUUGGUAGCUUUAUACCUUAAAUAAUUUAGAAUAAUGUAAAUGAUUUGAAUAAUAAAUUAAUAUUUUAUGGAAAUCCUAAAUUUGUGCUGAUUAAAUACUUUAGUCCUCUAUUUCUACUAAAUAUCUACAAUUAUUUUGGGCUAUUAAUAUUUUUUUUAGCUCUAAAAAAGAUUAAAUGUUUUAAUAAUAAAAAAGUCAAAUAACUUAUGUUAAAAAACAAAAAUGGGAUGUUGAUGAUAUUUUAGUUACUUUAAGGAAAUAUUACUCUUCUUUUUGGCUUAUAUGAAAUCAUUAAUUUUAGACUUUAACUUAGGAAUGAAUUUUAUGUAGAAAUAAUUAACAAGUUAUUUUUGCUAACUUUUUUUUAUACAAAUAUCAUCUGGAACAGUAAAUUACUUGGUAUUAGCUAAAGUGAUACUAUUCUCUAAAUAAAUAUUAAAAAUAUUUAAAAUAAAAAAUGUUAAGUUUAAGAAUAUAAGAUACAAUAGAGCAUGUUAGUGACUUAAAUUAUUAAUUCUAUAAUUAUAAAUAUGGCAUUUUAAAGUCCUAACCUUCAAAUAUUUUUAUUAUUAUUUGUCCAAUUGUGCUAGCUUAUUUGA